AUGUCACCUGGUGGCACCAGUAUCCGUCGCGAGAAGGCUUCACGGCGACAAGGCGUCACCUGCGAUCAGUGCAGAGAGAAGCACCUGAGGUGUGAUCUGGCCGACCGCAUCGCUGAAGUCGAGGAGCGCAAGAAGCGGAGCCAUGCCGAGAUCGAUGGCCUAGAUGGCGCAUCACAAGAAGCCAAGGCUGUAUGCACCCGGUGUUCAGAAAAGGGCUUCGUCUGCAACAAGACCACUGCGGCGCCUUCACGGAGGUAUCCUCGGCCAAGCAGGACAGGGAAGAGGAUCGAGCAGGCUAGAUCUAUGCACGGCUCGGUUACCUCCACUGGCGCCCCUCCCGACACCGCCGGCAUGCCUAAUGACCCUUCGCCAUCCAUGCUCGAGUUUCCCGGCUUGGGCUCGCUCCAACGCGCCGACAAUCGCCUCUCUGGCGCUAUCAUUACUGGCGCGCUUUCCCUUCGCCUCCUGUCAUGCUUCUUCGCCACGGCACACAUCCAGAUGCCCAUCGUCGACUUCGCCUCCUUCAGCGCGCGCUACAAUGCUGCUCAAGGCAAUCCCCGCAUUAUGAGCGUCAUGCUCAAUGGCGGCGACACUGCUCAAGCCAUCCCUUCGAUGCCGUUGCACUUCCCUGGUCUUGUCGCUUUGAGGUGGCCGAACUCCGGCGAGUCGACCAUCUCGACGCCCGGGACAAGCGAGACGCUUAUUGCGGCAAUGCAUGCGUGGGCAGCCCACUAUACCGAUGUUCCACUUGCCUUUGGCAACCAUGCCAAGGCAUUGGGCCUCUCAGACUCUAGUAAUAGCAAAUCAGAGAGCCCAGUCGACCCUAGCGGUCGUUCAACAUCAGGCGAAGCCAUGAGCGACGACGGGGUGGAUGACACAGAAGCUGGGGAAGACUGGUCGCACCUACCUCCCGGCAAACGUCCCAAGCGCAAACAAGGUGUUGCGUGCGAUACCUGUCGUCUGAGGCGAGUGCGUUGUGAUCUCAUGGAGCGCAAGGGUGGAGGGCCAUGCUCUCGUUGCCAGGAUAAGCGCAUCGUUUGUACAGACGACUAUAUCCAGAUCAAGAAGCGCAAGAACCUCAUGAAGCUGCAAAAGGAGCAAGAGAAGCUCAAGAAGGGCAAACGAUCCGAGGACGGCGCGUCUGGUAGCGGCAACGUCCUUGGGUUGGAAGGAGCAGGCUCGUCAACAUGGAGUCAACUUGGAGACAAUCCUGACCCGCUCGCAUGGUCGGACGCUCCUGCCGUGCCUGCCGUCUUUGUCGGGUCACCCAAGGUCUCCUCGCUCACACAAUUCGGCAAGGCGAGGGAGGCUUUCUGCCACGACCUUCUUACCCGCGCCGUCGUCCUUGUCCACAAGCAUCAGCUACUGCGCAAGCCCUCCGUCGAGGCCGUUCAAGCUCUCGUUCUCCUGGUUCAGCUCUUUGAUCUGAUCGACCCGAGCUUUGCAUCCGAGAUGACGGCCGCGGCUUCGAGUCAUCUCAGGGAGCUCAAUCUGCAGAGCAGCGAGGAGAUUGACGAGACUGAUCGUCGAGCCGUUGAGAAGCUGAUCAACCAGAUGCAGGACAAGCGCGUGUGGUGCUCGACGUGGACGAGGGAUGCCAUUGCGACGUGCAUCUACCGUCGUCUGCCCAACUUCGAGGAGGAGCGACCAAUUCGCAUUGGCGCAAGCAAGGAAGCAGCCGCCCCAUCGCCUCGUGGAGCACCAGAGCUCACGCCGGAGAUGGGCCUGUCCUUUUCCGUCAUGGCCUUGAUGCAAAUCGGCGUCCUGUCGCGCUUUGUCACCAAGCACAUCGACAACAUCAACCCGCCCGAGCUCCUCCCUCCCUCGGAUCGCUUCCCCAUGCUGCCAACGGCUGCAGCCAAUCGCAAGCUGGAGAAGGCGUGUCAGAAUGUGUGGAAGAGCAAUGAUGCGCUGAAUGCCUUCUUCGAUCGGUGCACUCUCAAGGCUUGGAACCAGAUGGAAGCCAUGAAGAUCUUCCAGCCCAAGGUCUGGAUCGCAUCGGUCAAGGUGACGUCAGCUAUGCUUACACUGAGCGUCUAUCGUAUCCUCGGGGAGCGCCAUAAGCUCAACGGAGCUUACCUGCAGGCCGUCAGCGACGCUCAUGGUGCACAUGUCAUCUCUGCCGAGGAUCUGGCUCAGUCACAGGCGCUCAAGGAGCUCUUUGAACAUUCGUGCCAGCGAGCAUUCAUCGCCUGCCGCAAGAUGGCCCGACUGACGCAAAAACUCCUGUCCAAGCCCAGUCUGACAUUCCAGACGGGCGGCAUCCUCCUUCGACAGCUCUUUGCCGUGGCGCAGUACCUUGCUCGCACGCCAGUUGAGAAGGACAACUCGCCGCCUGUGCCCGACCCGGCAGCCGCGAUGAGCCAGGCAGCUUGGGCGCACAGCGACACUGUGGCCUGGUCCAGGGAUGCGGCCGUGGGCGGUUCCGCUGGUGCAGAGGGAUCGUCCAGCCAACAGCAGCUACUGCAGCAACAGACGAUCAAUCCACGCGCUCUGACCAUCUCGUCGACGGGUACUUUCAUCCCGACGGUGAGGCCCGAGGCGCCUCCCUCGCCCUCCGAGCUCGUCUCCCUUGCGAUGGACUACGACGCACCCUUGCCUCCCUUUGACAGCGAGGCCAAGGCACGCGAGGUCAACGCUUGUCUUGAGGCCCUAGAUCAGCUUGGCUUUGCGUGGCCGAUGGAAGAAGAGAUCGAGAGUGUACGAGGGAUCAUGAGAGGGGAGGCUGGCAGGAGAUUUGGUCAUGUAUUGGCUUAG